CACAACACUAUUUCUCUGAAGGUUCACGUCAAAACAUGGCGGACAGAAUAUAGAACCCAGUUUUUUCCUUUGAUUUGAGGGUUUUUCCUAAGAGGUGGGUGCCCAAUUUUUUUAUGAGGUGUAAAUUCAAGUAUUUUGCUUCAGAUGAUAUGCUUAAAAAAAAUUGAGGAGGCCAAGAAAUAUUUUUAAUUUUUUUUCAUACAGAGUGGGGUGAUUUGGCUCCAGGCAUGGUUUUCAAGCACCUGCUUGACUUGGAUGUAAACAAAGUCUCACGCCUUUGUGGAUGGCUGUCUCGUCACCCGGGUAUCUUCAGGCAGGGGAGCACCAAGGGCAGCACACUUUAGGACGGUGGAUUUCCCGGGACCAUGGUUCAUCCUGUGGAUGGCAGAAUAGAUUUGGGGCUCAAAGCUCACAGCACAGGCUGGAAUGGAUUCCUGUCCCGAGACCAGUACAGUGGGUUGUUGUAGCGGCCGUCACCUUCAACUGGUAUGGGUGUGAGGCGUGGGUAUCCGCAGUUUUCCAGAGUGUCCUUCAGCCUCCAGUGCUUGGCUCUUGUGUGAGCACCAUGCCAAAUUGGACCUUCAUGGUUUAUUAGAGUGGCAGAGUGGCAGAUCCUUAAUGUCUUUGCAGUAAAAUGGAAGCCAAGGUAUCACAACACUAUUUCUCUGAAGGUUCACGUCAAAACAUGGCGGACAGAAUAUAGAACCCAGUUUUUUCCUUUGAUUUGAGGGUUUUUCCUAAGAGAGUGGGGUGAUUUGGCUCCAGGCAUGGUUUUCAAGCACCUGCUUGACUUGGAUGUAAACAAAGUCUCACGCCUUUGUGGAUGGGUAGGUAUUUUUUGGUACUGAAAUGUACAGUAAGAAUAGUACUUUAACAUGUGAAAGGGAAACGUCUGGGAAGUUUGUUGUACCUGAGUGAGAGCAGUCUAAAGGUGAGUGGGUUUGGUAAGAUUAUAUAGGGGAAUUUAAUAGUGUUGUGCAACC